AUGGCAGAUGUUGCAGGAGCUGGCAGUGAGACCAUAACUCUAAGGGAAGGAGAGGACCUGAACCUUCGCUGUGCCCUGAGCAGCAGUGAUGGUUCUGCCCGGCAGUGGUUCAACCCCCAGGGCUUUGCCAUCUACCUCAACUUAGAGCGAGCUUUACGAGAUCAGAGAUACAAACUUAUCCAUUAUUCAAGGGAUGAAUUCUCCAUCCAGCUGUCUAACGUAACCGUGCACGAUGAAGGAGUAUAUAAAUGCCUCUAUUAUGGCAUCCCCUUCAGGAGCAAGAACAAGACUGUUGAGGUGUUAGCUGCUCCUUCUAAUCCAGUCCUGGAAGUAUCCCAAGACACAGAAAGAAACAUUAGGCUGUCUUGCUACACCCGAGGCUGUAAACCACAGCCCCAGAUUACCUGGCUGCUGGACAAUGGGAUAGAGCUCGCUGGUGACACUAGGCACAAGCUGGAGGCUGAUGGGAAGAAGUGGAGCAGUGCCAGCCUGCUGACAGUCCUUGCCCACGGGCCCCGUUCCACAGCCAGCUGCAUCGUUCGCCACCGAGCGCUGGGGGAGGAGAAGCUGAGGGCAUCUCUCCGGUUUGAGGACCUCCCUAGGACAGUGACAAAACCAAAUCCUGUACCAGCAGAGCUGGAGGUGAAUACACAUGUCUCCAAGAAGGAGCAAUCUACAGUGACCACACCAGUGUCAGAUCUCAGCAGCAGCGUGGCCUCCUCUCCAGGCUUCCCACAGCACACUGGGUCUGAAGUAACAGCAGCUGCAGAAGGAAAGGAAGAGCUGGGUGGUUCAUCAAGUGAUGGUGUCCCCAACGGGACUGAAGCAGCAUUCGGUGGCAAUGUGACAGAAGAGGAACUUUCCAGGACAGAAGCCCCAAGGGAAAAUGUGACUGUGAUUUCCAUCAUCACCUUUGACCAAGAUCUGAAAUCUGAAGGUAUCAAAAAGAAGGAGAAUAAUCUCUUGCUGCCAUUCCUGGUGGCUGCUCUGAUUUUUGUGCUGCUCAUCAUUGUCCUGCUUUUUUUGAGGAAGCUGAAGAAAGCUCAUGGAGUGUGGAAAAGAGAAAAUGAUGUUUCAGAGCAGACACUGGAGAGUUAUAAAUCCAAAUCUAAUGAAGACAGUCCAGGCCACGAGAAGAAUGGAUAUGCUGUCAGUCAGAAAUCCAACAUGCAAUAUGUAACAGAAGGAUUAAUGCAAACAAUGCAGAGGAAUCCAAAAGACAAAAACAUGGCAAUAAACGAGAAACUGUUUGGAUGUGCAAAGGAAACGGAUGUAUAG